AGUAUAAUUUCAUCAUACAUUCAUACUUAUCUUGGCGGCAGCUUCUCUAAUUUUCUCUCUCCUCCUUUUUUUGUUGCAUGAUUAAUACGGAAGUAGUACUACUACUAUAAAAAAGCAACAGAAAUAAAGCGACAAAUUAACACAUCCAAUUUUUAUUAUCGCCGUCUUCUUUUUCACUUUCUCUCUCCUCAAAUUUGCCGCAAAAUCUGCAAGAAUUUUUCAAACUUCUUUGCAAAUCUCUGUUUGUUGAUGGUCAUCUAAUUACGACGCUUCUCGAUUCGUUUUCUUCAGAUCAUUCACGAUGGUUGCUUUUGGGAAGAAGUUAAAAGAGAGGCAACUUCAAGAAUGGGAAGGGUAUUAUAUUGACUACAAAUUAAUGAAGAAGAAAGUCAAGCAAUAUGCUCAACAUAUAAAGAAUGGAACAUUGGACAAACGACAGGUGUUGAAAGACUUCUCAAGAAUGCUAGAUAUUCAGAUCGAAAAAAUUGUCCUUUUCCUUUUGGAACAACAAGGGCUACUCGCUGGGAGGUUAGCCAAACUUGGUGAGCAGCAUAACUCUCCUGAUCAACAGUCUGACAUAGCAACGAUAUGUCAAUUACGGGAAGCAUAUAGAGAAGUUGGGCAGGAUCUGUUAAAGCUUCUUUACUUUGUUGAGGUUAAUGCGAUAGGUCUUCGUAAGAUUCUUAAGAAGUUUGAUAAACGAUUUGGAUAUAGUUUCACUGAUUACUAUGUCAAAACACGUGCUAAUCAUCCUUAUUCCCAGCUCCAGCAAGUGUUCAAGCAUGUGGGAAUAGGAGCAGUAGUGGGAGCUAUUACUCGCAAUCUUGGAGACCUGCAGGAGCGUCAAGGAAGCUAUGCCUCGAUUUAUGAUCAGCCCGCUUUUCCCCUUCAGGAUCCUGUAAUUGAUUCGAUUAAAUCAGCUGUAGAUAGGUUGGGCUACUCAACAAAUUUCCUUCACUUCCUGGCACAACAUGCACUUAUCAUGCAGGAGGAGAUAUUACCAAGUCCAGUUGAGGAGCAAAUCGAUGACAAAAGAUACAAUUAUAUGUCACUUAUUUUGAACUUAGCGAACACUUUUUUAUAUAUGAUCAAUACAUAUAUUAUUGUUCCAACUGCUGAUGAUUACUCCAUGAGCCUUGGAGCUGCUGCAACCGUCUGUGGUAUUGUUAUUGGGGCAAUGGCUGUUGCACAAGUAUUUUCUUCUGUGUAUUUUAGUGCCUGGUCUAACAGAUCAUACUUCAGACCUCUUGUAUUCAGCAGCAUCGUUCUUUUUGUGGGAAACGUCAUGUAUGCAAUGGCUUAUGAUUUCAACUCAAUAUGGAUUCUCUUGAUUGGUCGUAUUUUCUGUGGAUUAGGCUCUGCUAGAGCAGUUAACCGGCGCUACAUCAGUGACUGUGUGCCUCUUAAGAUUAGAAUGCAAGCAUCAGCUGGUUUCGUCAGUGCAAGUGCUCUUGGAAUGGCAUGUGGUCCUGCUCUUGCUGGCUUACUUCAAACAAAUUUCAAGCUUUUUAACUGGACCUUCAACCAGGAUACUCUGCCUGGUUGGAUUAUGGCAGUCGCCUGGCUACUCUAUUUAGUUUGGCUAUGGAUUGCAUUUAAAGAACCUGCACAUGAGGAUGACCAUGUGGAACAACAAUCUACAACAGAAACAAAGCAGAGUGAUGUUAUGGAGAGAGGUGUUAAGCAACCUUUGCUUUUGACAUCAGAACAGAAUGGGAGAAAUUCAGACGAAAAGGUACGAGAUGAUGAUGAUGAUGAUGGUGAUGGUGAUGCAGAUGAGAGUGAAGAAGCUCCUGAAGAUUCCCGUAAGCCAGUCACUUCAAUUGCAUCUGCUUACAGAUUGCUCACACCUUCUAUUAAGGUCCAAUUAUUGAUUUAUUUUAUGCUCAAGUAUGCGAUGGAGAUAUUACUUUCAGAAUCUAGUGUUGUUACGACAUACUACUUUGGUUGGUCUACAAGCUCAGUGUCUAUUUUCCUUGCCUGCCUUGGACUGACAGUACUUCCCGUGAAUAUUAUUGUUGGGAGCUACAUUAGUAACAUGUUUCAGGAGAGGCAAAUUUUAUUGGCGUCUGAGAUUAUGGUUUGCAUUGGCAUCUUGCUAAGCUUCAACUUAAUAAUUCCGUAUACUGUGCCCCAAUAUGUCUGUUCAGGGUUGAUCAUGUUUGUCUCUGCUGAAGUUCUUGAGGGGGUCAACCUGUCGCUCCUCUCUCGGGUUAUGUCAUCAAGACUCUCACGCGGAACAUACAAUGGUGGAUUAUUAUCAACAGAAGCUGGAACUCUGGCAAGAGUGGUUGCCGAUGGCACAAUCACCCUGAUCGGGCUCUUGGGUCAAAGUACUCUAUUGAAUUUGACUCUUCUUCCUUCUUUAUUCAUCUGCAUUGGCUGCAUAAUUGCUACUUGCUACACCUACAACUCCCUGUACUGAUCGGUCUUUCCAGUAGCACUAGAUUAUUACAGUCCUAAGCUUCUCCUGCAUCUGCAUCUGUUCCUAACUCUCAAAUUUUUGGUGGUAUUUACAAUUUUGAUUUUUCACAAUUCUUGCUGUAUAUUGUAGGGCAAGAUAGGCCUAUUUGUUAGUUUGCCCUCAAUUAGCUAAUACUUGAGGUAGUUUGCUGUGGGCAGUAAUAAUGUUUGUAAUUUAAUAUUCGUCACUCUCUGCAUGAUUAUUGUGCAGCUUUUUUGAAAUUUAAUCCCUACUACAUGAAAUUUUCCGAUAUUUGAUAACGGUGA